GGCGGCGCCCGGCGCGGGGCCGAUCCGCAGUCCGGCUCCGGUGGGCAGAGUGCGCGGAGUUCCCGGCGAUCGGCGGCAUGGCCACGGACGAGCUGGCCUCGAAACUGCAGCGGCGCCUGGACAUCGAGGACGGCCCGGGGGAGGCGGAGCCCGAGCCCGAGCCCGAGCAGGUGGCGGCGGCGGCGGCGCAGGAGAAGCCGCCCACCGCGGCAGCGGACAAUGAACUGUCGGCCAAGCUGGCCCGCCGCGGGGAGCUGAACGAGGGGUCGGCGGAGCCGCAGCAGCGCAGCUUGCGGGUCUUCAACCCGUACACCGAGUUCAAGGAGUUCUCCCGCAAGCAGAUCCGAGACAUGGAGGUCAUGUUCCGGCGGUACGACGCCGGGAAGGAUGGUUUCAUCGACCUGAUGGAGCUGAAACUGAUGAUGGAGAAGCUGGAGGCUCCUCAGACGCAUCUUGGGUUGAAGAACAUGAUCAAGGAGGUUGAUGAGGACUUUGACGGCAAGCUCAGCUUCCGUGAGUUCCUGCUAAUUUUCCGUAAGGCUGCUGCAGGAGAGUUGGCUGAAGACAGUGGUUUGCAUGUUCUUGCCCAGUUGUCUGAAAUCGAUGUCUCAACAGAGGGAGUGAAAGGAGCCAAAACCUUCUUUGAAGCCAAACUUCAGGCAAUCAAUGAUGCAAACCGAUUUGAACAGGAGAUCAAGGAAGAGCAGGAGGAAAAGAAGAAACAGGCUGAGGAAAGGAAACAGAAGAGAGCUGCCUUCAAGGAGCUGCAGUCAGCAUUUAAGUAAAGCCAGCUUUCUGCCGAAACUCCUGGGUGCAGGUCGGAAGAUCUGGCUUCUAAUCCCAGUCUUGGCCCAGGUGAUGGACUGUACUUUGCUUUAAAGAAUAAGGGAAAGGGUGUGGAUGGGCUUCGGAUACUCCUGAGAUAAUGCUAACCACAGUAUCCAAUUUGGAUAGACGGAACUGCCUGCCUCGUCUCCAGGCAUAUCCUCAUCCUGUGAUCUCAACACCAGACUCUGCCUCUUGUGACAACAGAAGCCUUUGGGAAUGAGCAGAUUAGGUGAGGGAAUGGUUGAUGUUGUUCAAGCCAAUUCUGACCAAAUGCAUUUUGCUUCUUUGAUGUACAUUCAUUGUUUGAGGGUCCUAUCCCAUUGCUCUGUUCUAGCUCUGUAAUCAAAGUUCUUGUAAUGGAGCUACUGCAGGGAACUUGGAUGAAGCUCCUGGUCAGUGCACUGUUGACCUUUCUAAAAGGGCCUUUGGCCUCAUUGUCUAAGAUACCCUUUUCCUGCUGUGUCUGCACAUGAUUGAGAAUGUAGUCAGACUCACCAAUGUGGUGGUGAUGGAGGUCCCCACUGUCUCGUCUCUGAUCAUGUCAGCGCUGUGUAGGAAAAGGUCGGUCAGAAUUGUGGCCUCCUCUCGGAAUCAGUUUCUGCAAUAGGCACGUGGCUGCCAUGAUUUUAAUUGGGUGCCUCCUGCAAAACAGUAAGGGGUUAAGUACAAAUCAUUGGGAACAUGCAGCUUUUAUGAGGCUUGUUUUUAAGAUGGCCCUUUUUUUAAAUUAAAAAAAAUACCUUCAGAGAUUUACUAUUUGAAACAAUGCCUGACUUCUACCUCCUCAAUCAAAUGGGGGUCUCUAUUUCUGUUCUACUUUAAGAUGGCAUUCCCUUAAUACGUGAUUUUAAUUCUAUCCAAUAGGUUGAGCAACCCUAUUUUUUUAUGCUUGUCCGUUUCCUAAUGUGAACGUGUCUUAAUUGCAUCUAUAUGGUACCAAUUCCUGUGCGCAUCUAUUCCUGCCCUAAUAAACUCUGAGUUAGUAAGUUUAGUGCUUUAAAUUGUUCACAGCAAAAUAUAUUUUUUACCUCCUGACACUGAAUCAUCAGAAAUUGGUAGCAUAUUUACAUGUUAAAUUGUCACGUUUCCUGUGGAGUCAGAUAACCAUUCUUGCGUUCCAGAGAGUUUGUGAAGGCAAAUUCAUAGUGCUGACCUGAGCACGCCACUUUAAUGCCAUCUUGGAUGAGCUGCCCAUGUGAGAAAGCCAUACUCUGCUUCCUUCAGACGCCCAACUGUGAGAGGCACCCGGAGCAGUUGUAUCAAGCCAUGUUUCUGACUGAUUUACAAUAAUUUCAGAAUCAGUCCCCUGAAGGAGCAACGCUUAAUGCAAGGAUUAACUAUGUGUAUCUCCUAUGCAUGUUAUACAGAUGUUCUGAACUGCUAAGCAGGGUCUUGGAGGGUGCAGUGGAAGAGGGUCUCUACUGUUCUAAGUUAUUACUGACCCCUUAAAGUACCACUUUGCAAUAUAGAAACACCAUUGAUCCGGGCAACUUGUAAUCUGUAUCAUGUCUUCCUUCCAAGUUCUGAGCAAUAUUGGGAGCAUUUCAGUUCUUCCAUGAUCCUCAUCUCUGCAGCAUCCUGACUCUGAUUCUCUGGUUUGAAACUAAGCAAACACUUGGUGUUCUCUUCCUCAUGACCCCCGUGUGCUGACCUUUGGGCCCGAUGCUGCUCCUGCAGCUGGACCAAGAGGAGGUGACAGCCUUCAGUAUUGGCUUCCCAAUCACCUGCCUUCAGCCCAACUGGGGCAGGUGGAACUCUGUUGUCAUGGUAACAGAAAGAGGCCAAUUAGCCACAUAUCCGGUUCCUUGAGAGUCCAAUUCAGUUACUGUGAAUCAAAGGUGUUCCAAUAAGUUUGUUGCAAAAAUCCUGGAAAUGUUCAUUUAAAAAAAAACGUAACACACUAGAAGUGCCUUUUAUGAAGAAACGUGUGCUUAAGUAUUGGCCAGGAAAGAUUGCACAAAGUCUAAACUAUCCCACUAACCAAUAAACAUUCAAGUAAUGAUUGAGACUGCUGAAGGAAAAGCAUUUAAUGUUCAACAUUCCUAGUUACCGUCACCCUGGAAUUUGGAAUACUGAAAAUACCCUUGACAUAACUCUUCGCAAACGUCUGUUUGCUCAAGGGUGCACUUUUGAAGUAUUUUGUUUUUGUGAACCAGCUCAGGAAACUGUCCCACGUCUACCAGGGAAGCAAAUGAAACAAAAUGUAAUCAAAUGCUGGCAAUCUGAAGCAAAAAGUCUGGGCCUUUGUAAUAGAUUCAAGAGCUUCUGCAAUAAAUGAUGUGUUAACAUUUGGGUAUAAUGCUUUGCCAGACAAGGUUUGCACCCAAAAUACUGAAAAAUUAAAGGUGAUCCCUGGCCAGCUGGUUCUGCCUCUUUCUGGGCUUGGAGCAGGGGAGCAUCUGCACAUUCCCUAGUCUACAACUGGCUGAUGCCACCUGCACUGUUGGUGACACUGUCUCAGUUGCUCUACCACUGGUUAGGAGCAGAGUACCAGGGUUCUUGCUCCUGAACGUUAGCCAAUAACCCUUGCUGUGAACAUCAGGUAACCUCAACUAUAAUUCCUCCAUUGUUUAGCUGAGCAGUGGAAAAGUGGCAUGUUAUGACCUCUGGGGGGGUUAGGACUGUUGGUUCAACAGUGUGAACUAAUGGCCAUAACUUCCAUCGUUGUGGGGACUUAAAACAAUUGGGACUGGUUUAUGCCCCACUGUUUUAUUUAAACAGCUCUCACAUUCCAUUGCAUGGCUAAUUUUGGGCUGAAUCUUUACUCUGUCUGUUGAUUGUGUUGUUAAAAUUGUUGUGUCAAACACUGUCGUGCCAAAUACUUGUGCCUGUGAUGAUUGUUCUAGUUUUAAAGGCACCGAAUCGGCCAUGUGUCCACGGUUGAGAGUCACUCAGCUUUAAGCUGGAGUCAUAGUGUGGGAUUUAUUUAGCAUGACAUUAAGGUGCAUUGAGAAUCUUCCUUUGGCUCCAUGCAAUUUGCUUUCAAUGCACCUAGAACAUAAUGGGGGUGGGGAGUGGGCUCUCUAUGUGUGCCAUGUCUGACUGUCUGUCUGCCUCUGGUGUAUCUGUGUAUUCUCUAAGAAUCCAUUUGUGUAGUCUGUGCAAUUGUGCCUGUGUUCUGCCAAAGAACUGGCCCCCUCCCAGAGCAACCAUGGGGCGUAGGAGAAUAAAUGGGAAAUGGGGAGUCGGCAACAUCAUUCCUGGGAGGUGGGGGCCGGGCUUGGUAAAAGGCAAGAACUUGUAGCUCACUUACUCCAGCACCAAUGAAUCUGCAUGGAUUUUACAUAAUGCUGAUGCCAUUAUUUGGUACAUUGUGUUUACUGAAAAAUUUACCUAUUUUCUAUAACUCUGUAAUGUUGCUGUCUGAAGCUUCAAUUGAGGAAAUAAGUUGUGUGAAAGAAACUAUUUUUGAUUUUCUUACAAAAAUAAAUCUAAUUAUACAUAUGUCUAAUAAAUGCAUCUUAAGUUUU